GCCAUCGUAUGCAUAGACAUAGAGUUGGCGUCUGUUGUGACCAAAAGAGCGCACUUUUACACGACGUCUGGCGCUCUGUUGUCUCACUUGACUGUCACCUCAUUGUCACUCAUUUGAUCCAAUUAUGGCGAAGGCACAUAUCGUGAAUAUAGUGGUGUUGGACAAUCCGUCGGAUUUCUUCAAUCCAUUCCAGUUUGAGAUCACAUUUGAAUGCAUUGAAGACCUGAAGGAGGACUUGGAGUGGAAGAUAAUAUACGUGGGAUCGGCUGAGAGCGAAGAACACGACCAAACACUGGACACCGUAUUCGUAGGUCCGGUGCCGGAGGGACGGCAUAUGUUUGUGUUUCAGGCCGACCCGCCCGACCCCGCAAAGAUCCCGGUGGCCGACGCCGUGGGGGUCACUGUCGUGCUGUUGACCUGUUCUUACAGGGGAAAGGAGUUCAUCAGAGUUGGCUAUUAUGUGAACAACGAGUACAUGGAUGCAGAGCUCCGGGAGAACCCUCCGACGGCCCCUCUCUUUGAUAAGCUUCAGCGCAAUGUGUUGGCCACCAGUCCUCGUGUCACCCGAUUUAAGAUCGAUUGGGGGGACAAUCCGUGCGACAACUCGGAGCCCAUCGAAGCAAACAGUGAGCCUAUGGUCACCGAAAGCAACGGUCAUAACACCAGUGGCAAUGGCAAUGCCGUCCACUCAGACUCCAGUCAACAACACGUGUCCGAUGAUAGUGUCGGUCCACUCAAACCAGUGCUCUGUCAGGACAGUAACCACAGUCAGACAUAUCUAGUGGUGGCACUCGUGGUGAUCGGUUGGGUGGCCAGUGAUGACACCCUAUACUUCUCACCCAAACCUCAGGACAAGAGUGUGAUUGAAGGCAAACCAGUGGUGAUUGAGUGCGGAAUCGGCGACAAUGGGAGCGGUCAUCACAUUACCAUCCAUUGGAGUCAUGACAACAAGCAUGUGGUGUAUGACUCGCGAAGGUUCCAGAAGAAUGGCAAUCUGGUCAUCACUUAUGCGGAUCACACCAAAGACUCGGGUCAUUACACUUGUGUUGCCACUAAUGACACUUCCGGGUUGAGCGAUUUCGUAAAAGUCAGCCAACACUUGGAGCCCAAAAGUGAGAGUAAUCCAGAGAAUAAUGAGAUAAUAGUGAGCUGUGAUGCUGUGGGCAAUCCUGAGCCCAGAAUUGAAUUCCUAUACAAUUCGGUGAAAAUCCAUCGAAACUCAAAGCUCUCUGUUCGUCAUAAACGCCUUCACAUAUCCAACGAAUCGGCCGCUAAUAAUGGCAUCUAUUCGUGUCGGGCCAGCAAUAGUGCCGCUAAAGUAGACAGCAAUGAGAACUUUGAACUCAAUAUUAAAGUAAUUAAAGUGAACGAAAGUAUUGAACUGAAGUGUGUGUUCACGAACGCGAUAUCCAUUGAAUGGUAUGCACCCAACAAAGAUGUGCCAAUUGUGAACAACUCGAGAAUUACUGUUUACCCGAACGGUUCACUUGUAAUAAAUCGAGUCGAGAAAGAAGACAACGGCUAUUAUAAAUGUGUUGCCCUUCCCAUUGAUAGCAAGGAUUCUGACAAAACUCAGACAUUUUCCACUCGCCUUCAAAUUGCCUAUUUAGAAGAUUUCGAUGCAAAUGAUUUGAGCUCAACAUAUGCGCCAAACCUUAAUUUACAUGUCGUGCCAAAGAAUAGUCCAAAAAUUGAAUUCUUUUGUAUUCCUCCAAACGGUGUCCCAAAGCCCAGGCUGUGGUGGGAAGACCCGAACGGCAAUAUUGUCUCCGAUUCCGGAAGGAUUCGCGUCGACGAGAAUACACUGAUUAUUGAGGGACCCGUCAAGAAGAGCGAUGGCGGCAAAUACUAUUGUGUGGCACACAAUAUGGCCGCGAAGACCAGCAAAUUCUUCGACAUAUACGUGUCAACCCCUCCCACACUCACUGAUCCCAACAGUAUUAUUGCUGAUGAGGACGGACUGGCAAAUCUGGAACUCCAUUCUAAGUCUAAACUGAUCUGUAAAGCCAGAGGCGCCCCAAUUCUGACCGUCAAAUGGGUUAAAUGGACUAAAGAGGGCCAACUGAAGGGCUUGGAGUGGCCCAACCAUAUACACGACUCAAACGGCACACUUGAAUUCAAUGUCGUUAAUAGAGAGGACGCUGGUAACUAUACUUGUAUUGCCACCAAUUCUCAAGGAAUUAUCAAUACAAGCAUUGAGGUUAAACCCAAGUUCACUGUUGAACCUAAACCCCAAUCCAUUGUUGAAGGCGUUUCUGUACUGUUAGACUGUAAGGCAGAGGCAGGCAAUUCCGGGGGUUUCAGCCGCACUGAAGUCACUCUUACUGUUAAGAGCGCCGAUACCUAUAAUUUGAAUCAUUUAGGGAUGAAUUCCGAAGAGAAUAAGAAUAAGAUGACGAGAACUGUUACCAUAACGUUAGGCGCUGCGGCUCUCUAUAUGUUUCUGGUUAUGGCUCUUAUGAUAUACUGUCGGUACAGGAGAGCCAAACGAAAGGCAUCGGCAGUCACUCGAACGGCUCAUAACAAUAAGUCAGAGAACGGCGACUUAGAGCUCAAAGAUCGCGCCAAGACUGCCGACAACCCCGAACAGCACCGACUCCUUACGGACGACAAGCAAAAGCAAACGGCAAAUAAGAUCCGAAGUGAGGGCGACCUCCACUCGCAGACGUCCAGUAAUCACAGCUCCAAACGAAGUAAAUCUCCGUUUGACAAACUAGAGAUGGCUCGACACGACCUCCAAAAGUUAUGUCUCCUUGGUCAUGGAGAGUUCGGUGAAGUAUUCUUAGCCAAAGCUAACAUCAAUAACAAUAAAAGCAUAGAAAACGGACAAAUCGUUUUGGUUAAGGUUUUGCAGUCAAAGGACGAGAAUAUAGUGUUUGACUAUAAGAGGGAAAUCGAAAUGUUUCACAAACUAAGUAACGAUAGAAUCGUCAAAGUGAUCGGUCUUUGCAGAUCGGAUUCGGAUCCAUUUUGGUUUGUAUUGGAAUACAGCGAUUGGGGAGAUCUGAAGCAAUUUCUUUUGGCCACAAGAGAUGAUAAGAGCCGUCGGGGCGGCCCUAAGCCUACACCACUCACAUUACCACAAAUGAUUGGAAUCGGACAACAAAUUGCUUUCGCAAUGGAGUACUUAACUAAUAACCGAUUCGUUCACAAAGACUUGGCCACAAGAAACUGCUUGAUUACCUCUAAACUUGACAUUAAACUUAGCAGUACUUCGCUGUCGAAAGAUACCUAUUCUGCAGAAUAUUUCAAUUACCAAAACCGUGAUCUCCCGAUCCGAUGGGCGCCACACGAGGCGGUCAUAGAGGACGAGUGGUCGGCCAAAAGUGAUGUCUAUUCGUUCGCAGUCAUCGUUUGGGAGAUUUGCUUUCAGGCAGAACUUCCAUUCUCUCAGAUGAAUGAUUUAAGUGUUAUUCGUUUGCUUGAACAAAAUGAACUCAAACUCGAGGCGCCCGAAGCCAUACCAAACAUUUUGAGGGAUCUAUUGAUGAAAUAUCCAUCGCCAACAGCCGUACCUCUAAUGGAGUACAGUAUACCUACCAGUGCUUCACAGUUCGCAUCCAAGAGAGCAUCGCAUGCAGUGAUGCCUAAAGCCAACAGUCAUAAGGAGGCGCCGCCUAAAGGAUUACUUCACGUGAACUUCAGCACUGAAAAGAGCGAACUGUCCGACAGGAAGACGAAAUACUUGACCGCAAAGUACGGACAGCACCAGAUGAACCUCAUUAAGAAACGAUUACGGGUCGAGACCUGGAUGUAUGACCAGCUCCAGACCCUCUACAACAUAUCCGACGACUCAAAUGACAUUGAAAUAGAUUUGGACGAACUCCUGGAUGUGGAGGAAGACUUGGGGCGCAAAGAAUGGCUUAGAAGCAAAUUAAUAGACGCCAAACAGUCCAAAGACAUCGUCGAGACGUUUAUCGUAGAACUGCUGGAAAAGGCAAAAACUCUCUGAAUAUGAGCCACAUUUACAACCAAACGAUAGCUAUUGAAAUAAUUAUUAAUUUAUACAAAUCUUUUUAUUCGUCUAUUGAACAAAUAAUUUAAAGCAAAGCCUCGAAUUGGGAAUAAUGUAAUUCUAAUUCAUAUGCAAACAUUUCAAAGUUUGACUAAAAUUGAGUUCAAUUAAUACCAUCAAAUGCAAUGGAGAUAAUAAGCACCGCUAGAAUGGAUCUCGCGAUUUAAUUGACAAUAUUUCAAACGCUUAUACAAACAACUAGUCAUCCAUUUAUGCAUCAUAUAUGCAUUCAGAUUGCAAUGCUUUUCAUUAAACUUAAUCACUAAUCAAUCAAUGGUUUAAAUUGCAAAUAUUGUUUAGAAGACAAUGACUUGAGUGCCAACUCUUGCGAACAAACUCGACAUCAUAUAAACCAAAGAAAGUAUACUUUUGAUUAGAAAACCAUUUGAUUCAUUAACUUGUUUGUCCUGUUUAUUAAUUAACAUGUAUUUUAGUUAAUUAGACUAUUUUAGACUGGCUUUAGAGUCGAAUACUUUACUAAUAUCUCAUUUACAAUACUGUAAUUAAAAAUGUUUUCAUUUAAAAGCUUAUUUUCUAUGAAAUGAUAUAACGUUACUGUAAUUUAUAAUACACCGUAAGUUUGCCUCCAAAUCUGCAAAUAUAGUC